AUGGACGACAUACAGUUCCGGUCAGCCGCUCACGAGGUGAUCGACUACAUCCUCCAGUACCAGCGGACGGUGCGGGACCGGCCAGUGCUGCCCUCUGUGGAGCCCGGCUACCUGCGCCGGCUGGUGCCCUCCGAGGCGCCACCUACGCCCGAUCGCUGGACAGACGUGCUGGCAGACAUGGAGCGGGUCAUCCAGCCGGGCAUGACCCACUGGCACUCGCCGCACUUCCACGCCUUCUGUCCGCUGGCCAACUCUCCGCCGGCACUGCUGGCAGAGAUGCUGGCGCACGGCCUCAGCUGCGUGGGCCUCAGCUGGGAGGCAGCGCCGGCCUGUCUCGAGCUCGAGGUGGUCGUGCUAGACUGGCUGGUGCGCCUGCUGGGUCUGCCUGAACACUUUCUGUCCCAGUCAGGCGCUGGAGGUGGCGUCAUCACCGGCUCUGCCACCGAGGGCGUCCUCCUGACCAUUACAGCUGCCCGUGAGAGGGCGCUGAAGGACCUGCGCCGGGACCAGCCCGACUUGGACGAGGCGACUGCACGCGGCCGGCUGGUGUCCUUCACCUCCGCCCAGGCCAACCCAGCCAUCCUCAAGGCAGCUGCCUCGGCCGCUGUACGCAUGCGCGUCCUGCCAACUGACGAUGGCUGCCGUCUGCGGGGAGAUACUCUGCAGACUGCCGUGGAGGAGGAACUGGCCGCUGGAAACGUGCCCAUCUACGUCCUGGCCACCCUGGGCACCACUGGCACGUGCGCGUUCGACCCGCUGGACGAGCUGGGAGCCGUGUGCCGACAGCACGAGCUGUGGCUGCACGUGGACGCGGCGUACGCGGGCGCCGCGUUCGUCUGCCCCGAGUUCCGCCACCUACUGAACGGCGUGGAGGAGGUCACUUCCUUCAGCUUCAACGCCCACAAGUGGAUGCUGGUCAACUUCGAGUGCGCAGCACUGUGGGUGCGCGACUCGGGCACAUUCACAGCCGCGCACAAGAUCGACGCUCCGAUCCUGCACACUGCCGAGACGACGCUGCCCAACUUCCGCAACUGGUCACUGGCGCUGGGCCGCCGGUUCCGCGCGCUGAAGCUGUGGUUCGUGCUGCGUCUAUACGGCGUCAGCGGGCUGCAGGAGUACAUCCGCGGGCACGUGCAGCUCGCCAGGCAGUUUGAGGAGCUGGUGAGGCGUGACGACCGGUUCGAGGUGGUGGCGCCCGCCUCGAUGGGCGUGGUGUGCUUCCGCGUGCGCAGAGGGGGAGACUCCGCCACGGAAGAGCUGCUACGCCGCGUGAAUGACGCCAAGAAGGUGUUUAUCGUGAAGACGACGCUGGCCAACGGGGCGCUGGCGGCGCGCUUCGUGGUGGUGUCGCGGGUGACGACCGCCGAGGACGUGGUCACCUCCUGGGAGGAGAUUCGCCGGCACGUCCAGCCGAAUCAGGAAGAGAGCGAGGCGGCCAUGGAAGGGGAGGAGACUGUGGCUCAAGAGGAAAGCAUAGUGACGAAAGAGGAAACUUCAGCCCAAGAGCACAGUCGCGUGACAGGGAAGGUUGAAACCCAUCCCGACGUGGCUGAAGAUUGCCAGUCUCAAGGCGUCCCUGCGUGUGCAACGACCAGAACCGCUCGCAUGAACCUCACCCGCACAAAGUCCGGGCGAUGGACUGAAGAAAUUCUAGCCCAGCGCGACUUCGAGGCGGAAAUGUAGACCAAAAACUUACUCAACCGUCAGAGCUGGAUGCUCCUCACAGUGCACCCCUCGAUCUCUUAUUAUGUCAUUGAUUUUAUGCGCAGUUAUCCACCACCCAUGCGACUAAGGUAUGAAUGUAAAUUAUAUCAGAAAUAUAGAAGCAUUACUAUUAUGCGCUAAAAUUGGGUUAUAAAAGGCUAAGGCCCCAAAUAAAAGUAGAUAACUGAAUGAUGCAUUAGCUUUGUUUAGCCAUUUCGAGUGUGAUCGUAAGAUUUGUGUCUUUUCUGUUGGACGAUAGAGAAUCCGCUAAUUAAGGUAUAAUCAUUUCAUCGUUGUAAUAAUCACCGGCUCAAACGUCUGUUCCAACUGUUUCACAUCAAUGCAUCCUCAUUUAUAGGUGUAUCUGUGCUUAGCAUUUUAACAAUGUCUCCAAUUAUAUUUGUUUUGAUGCAAUGGCUGGUUUUAGGUACUUGGUUGCAUGUAUGUACUUGUCAAUAAACGCUUU